AUGUCCUGGGACACUUUGGCGAAAGCGUUGCCAUCAGUCGCAAAGCGCCACCUGCAAACACAACGGCUACGAGUCCACGACUACCAAGGGAAUCGCAUCCCUGUUCGAGGGACCACCUCUGUCCGAGUCGAGUACGGACCACACAAGAAGACCCUGCCCAUCACGAUCGUCGAAGGGACCCUGCCUAGUUUGUUGGGACUAGACUGGUUCCGUGCAUUGGGCAUGGGAGUGACUGGCAUCUACAGAAGUGACUGUAACCUAAAAGACAUACUCAUGAACGAGUUCGAAGAUGUCUUCAAGGACUGCCUGGGCAAGUACAAGGGGACCCCUAUUUCCUUCAACUUAGACCCCCAGGUAGCCCCCAUUAGGUUAAAGGCAAGGAGAGUCCCUUUUGCCCUGAAACCUAAGAUUGACAAGGAGAUAGAUAAGCUCAUAAAUCAGGGGAUUCUGGUGCCAGUCGAUCACGCAAAGUGGGAGACACCAAUCGUCACCCCAGUCAAACCAGAUGGGUCAGUUAGAAUCUGCGCUGACUACAAGGCGACGUUAAACAAAGCCUUACAGAAAAGCGCUUACCCGGUUCCCGUGGUGCAACACUUGCUGCACUCGUUGGGGCAAGGGCAAGUCUUUGCAAAGUUAGACUUGGCUCAAGCCUAUCAACAACUGCCCGUAGACGCCAACACAGCCGAAGCCCAAACGAUUGUAACUCACAGAGGUGCUUUCAAGUGUACCAGAUUACAAUUUGGGGUGAGUGUGGCACCGGGGCUGUUCCAAAAUUUAAUGGAACGACUUCUGCAAGGGCUCCCAGGGGUAGUC